AUGGAAAACUUUGACCUCGGGAAAAGCCCGCGCAAGAGCCCAGCUGGCGUCAGAAGCCGGAAGAAGGAGCACGGGAACACGAGCAGCGCCGUCUUGCCGACUGGGCUCCCAGAUUUUGUCACAAAUGGAUAUUUUUCAUGGGGCAGUGGUUUAGCUACAUUAUCUAAUAUAGAUAUUCAAAUUCCAACAGUCAAACCGUCAGAGAGCAAGUUACAACAUGACUGGGAGGAGGAAGGACUUCAGUAUCUGACUGCAAAAAAACCGUGUCUGGCAGGCAGACAAGUGAGAGCUGUUGAAUCUUUCCUAGAACUGUUUCUUCUCAAGAUACAGUGCAGUAUGGACCAGCUGGGUGAACAUAACACCAGGUAUUCUAUGACAGUGCCUAGAGACAAAAUCAUAGGUGAAGCGCAGUUGCUGGACGACAGAGUGCCGAGGCAAGAUAAGGGCCUACAGACCACCCAAGCACUUCACCAGUACCAGCUCCACAGGAGUACACAUCUUCCUGGAGUUUCCACUCAAGUUCCAGGUGUUGAAGGACUUUCUGAUUUCCCUCCAAACUUGUUACGUGCCUCAAUGAAUCCGGCUAACAUCGAGCUGCCCAUUGAGAAUGAAAGCAACCAUGAAGGCCGAGUGGCCCCUCUCCAGGCAACACUCCUAAGCAGUCCUGCUACACCACUGCCUUGCUGGGGUUUAGCUGGAAGGAAUUUCACCCGGUGUAGGAUAAUGAAGAAAACAACACAGGCAGAGGGAAAAUCCCACGAUGUAUUGAAGAAAAUGAUAAAACCACCUGUAGGGCAGAAAGUACCAAUUCAGGGAGCAGGUCCAUCUAUUUCAGAGUCAGUGCAUGGGAGCGCAAAAUUUACUUCCAUUAAGCCUCCAUAUGCUAUCCCCGCAUCACUAGUUUCUGACAGUGUCUACAUGCAGCCCUACAUUGAUAGAGUAAUUCAUUUGUUGGCAUUAAAGGAUUACAAAAUCUCAGAAUUGUCUGUUCGACUGCAGAGGGAUGGAAUUCACAAGAAAGACAAAUGUACCAUUGGAAAAGUUCUGGAACAGGUAGCCAUUCUGAAUCCCCGCAAUUUUACGUACACCUUAAAAGACUAUUUAUUCAAAGAGGUGCGACGAGACUGGCCUGGGUACACGGACUCAGACAGGCAGCUCCUGGACUCGGUGCUUGCCAGGAAAGGUCAAGCUCAGACAGCUCCUGCCACCAAGUGUCUGCGGUCGUCCAGAGAUUCUAGCACAGGCGGCACUCCCCCAAAGAAAGUGCAUUUCCCUUCAGCUGCUGUUGAUUCUUUGGAGCGGGGGAAAGGUAAAAUAUCUCACCUGACCACGGUCGCGCAGCCACCGUCAACUACUCGAUUGAAUAAAGGUAAAAUAUCUCACCCGAUGAUGGUCGUGCAGUCACCGUCAAAUGCCCGAUUGAAUAAGGCCAGGAGGAAACCUGCAACUUCUGUAAAAUCUCCGGCAGUGACAGCAGAGUCCACUUGUGCACUUCUGCCCUCAUCCCACCGUGCUACUUCCAGUUGUUCCUGGCCUGGCACCCCAGAAGAUGAUCAUGUCUGUCAAGAUAGCAGCACCGUUGAGUGCCAGCAGGAUGAGUCUAAUACCGCGAAAAGGUCAACCUGUGUGAAAUAUCCAAUGCUCUUAAAGAAGACACAUCCAACUCUCCAUUUGAACAAGACGCACAAACAUGCAUUUAUAGAAAACCAAGCAAACAGCCAAACAUGCACAGUGACAAAGGAGACACAGGAGACAGAUUCUCCAAGCCAUGAAAGUUAUGUAGAGCCAGACCCCAGCGAAGACGGUAGAGAGCUUUACCCCACACCUCAAGACGACACUUCGACAUCAGAGGUCCCAGAUUAUUUGACCAAUUACGUUACCGUCGUUUCAUCUGAGCAACGUCAGCGCUAUGUACAGGAUUUUACAGCAGAGUCUGAGCACUACCAUGCCCUUCGUGACACUCUGUACACUUUAUCCUUGCGCAUUUUUGACCUCAAGGCAAAAGAGGUGCAAUUUUCUCCAGGCACAAAAGAAUAUGAGGAUAUCAAUAAAGAAAUGUCACGAGAAUUUCAGAAGCUGAAGCAGAAAAGUCCCAAUUAUCAUGCGGAAGAAGAGAGAUGUUAUUAUCUUUAUAACAAGCUCACUCACAUUAAAAGAUUAGUGCGUGAUUUUGACCAAAAGCAAAGAGAGUCGUGUUACUAA